AUGAACGCCAUCGACACCCUAUCCUUGGUCGCCAACGGUGCCGGGAUCGUCGGCCUCGCCGACGUGGUCCUCAAGAGAAGCACGGAGCUCUACGACCUGUACAGCCGGUGCAAGGGCGCAUCCGAGUCCAGGACCCGGCUGCUGGCUGAGAUCCAGGGCUCCGCCGACAUCGCCGUACGCGCCCGCUCGCUCCUCGACGACCUGCGGGCCUCGCGAAUCCCCGUGCAGGAAGGCCACUGUCUCGCCGAGAUCACGUCGAUCCUGGGCCGCUUCAACCAGGAGUUUGACGUCCUGGGCCGGCUGGUGACGAGUGCUCGGGUCUCAGCCGGGGACGGCUUGGUGGCCCGAGUGACGAGAAGCCUAAGGUGGACCAUGAACGAGUCGGCCGUCGCGCAGGCUUGCGGUCAGCUGCAUAGUCUGACGGCGUCCUUGACUGCCGCCCUUGCAGUCGCUGGAGGGUACAACGGCAUUGUCAUACACCGCGAGAUCACGCAGACGAGGACGCAGGUAAUGGCGCAGCUGGCGCAGACGACACAGAGCUGGCGAGAAGAAAUACAGACGCUGCUUCUUGUGCCUGGACCGACGAGCGUCGAGGGGCGUCGACGGCCACCACCCGCACACCCCGGCAUCAUACAUCGGCAGAAGAAGAGGUCCCGCGGGAAAACGAGAUAUCACGUAACCACCACCAACUCGACCGGGGCACGGUCACGAGCCGGGGCAUUGUCAGCCGGUCCAACAACAACCCAAGAAACCCUUCUGGAAACGGAGUAUCGCGUGGCUCGACGGGAGCUGAUCCGGCUGCUCGAGCGCGAGAACGGCACCGUUGCGAUGAUGGCGCCCGUCGAGGAGGACUUGACUGUGUCUUUGGUCCUCAUGAAGGACUCACUGCUGGAAGCCACCGGAAGCAGCGUUGGUUUGAUCAUCCCCGACCACGUCGCCACAUUCGUCGCUGGCAUCCUGGAUGAAGUCCUUGUUCAGGCUCAUUUGUCAUCGGCAAACCGGCUGAGGAAACGUCCCUGGGGCCCGACACCGGCGCCCGCACUCACGGGCGGCCUCCCGGGUCCGGGAAACGUCGUGGGAACGUCGAGUGGCUCCGAUCGUCUCGGGCCGUGGAUGAGCACAUUUGUCUUCGAAAAUCCCGACGACUCGUACUCGAAAACGCCUGUGCCUCGAUCCGCCGCGGAGACCGGCGAUGUGUGGUGCCUUGUGCAGGAGAUGACGAGACAGACGUCCGCAGGUCCCAUCCGCGCGACGCUGAUCCAGGGCGGCAACAGACUCGUCUCUAAGGUACUGUACUUCAACGUUGCCUUUCAACCGCGCAACGGGGGAUGCGGACGCUGCGUCACGCUGGAAUUCGUGUCUCUCUGGCUCCAGAUGAUGAGUCUGCUGUGCCCGCCUACUGAACAGCCUGUCUGGAAGUUGAGUAGCUCCGACUGUCCUCAGUCGUGGACAAUCGCCGUUAUCGUCAAACAGCCUGACAGAUCACAAUCAGAGACGCCUGCCCCUCUAAGUGGUGCGUAUACUGGCAUCUUGUGGUGCCUUUUGCAGGAUAUGAAGAGACAGUCGCUUACAACGCUUACCUGCGCCACACUGGUCAAGGGUGGCUACAGGUUUGUCUCUGAGAUGAUGUACUUCGACAUUGCCCCCUACCCGCGCAACGGGGAAAGCGGGCGCCGCGUCACGUUGGAUUUCGUCUCUCCGGUUUCAGAUGAUGAGGCUGCUGUGUCCUUCCAUUUGACAGCCCGUGUGGAAGUCUGCGCGGAAUCGUAG